AUGGAUGAAAAGAAAUGUCAUAUUGCAAUGUACCCUUGGUUUGCUCUAGGCCACCUUACACCUUACAUACACUUAGCCAAUAUGUUGGCCAAAAAGGGCCAUAAAGUCUCCUUCUUGGUCCCUAAAAACACACAAUAUAAACUUGACCCAUUUAACCAUCAUCCACACCACAUCACUUUUGUGCCUAUCACGGUUCCUCAUAUUGAAGGUCUCCCUAUGGGUGCUGAGACAAGUUCGGACGUACCCUCCUCAUUACACACCCUCAUCAUGACUGCCAUGGAUGCAACUCAAGAGAACGUUGAGCGUAUACUACAAGCUCUUAUGGUGGACUUUGUUUUCUUUGAUAUGGCUCACUGGAUUCCAAGUCUUUGUCGCCGAAUUAGGAUCAAAUCUGUGAAUUAUUGUGUUAUUACUCCGGUGGUCAUUGGUUAUAUCUUCUCACCCGCACGACGAGUUCAUUGGGACAAGGGCAUAAGCGAGUCCGACGUUAUCCAUGCUCCAACUGGUUUUCCGUUAUCGUCAAUCAAGUUCCACGCACACGAAGCACGCGACUUCACGGCUAGAUCUAACAUGACAUUUGGUGGCGAAAUGAGUCUUGUAGAACGUGUAUAUAUCGGAUUAAGCCAGGCUGAUGCUUUAGCCUACAAUGGAUCUAGAGAACUCGAUGGACUUUUUAGAGACUACCUACAAACCCACUUCCAAAAGCCCGUUUUACUCAGCGGCCCUAUCGUAACAGAUCCACCAAACGACACUCUAACCGAAGAUCUCUCAACUUGGCUCGAUAGAUUCGACCCUGGUUCAGUAAUUUACUGUGCAUUCGGGAGCGAAUGUACUCUAACCAUGGAUCAGUUUCAAGAACUUUUACUGGGUUUCGAGCUCACAGGAAUGCCUUUCUUGACAGCACUUAAGUCGCCAGUUGGUGUGAAGUCAAUAAACGACGCGAUUCCUGAAGGAUUACUUGAAAGACUUGAAGGAAGAGGGUUGGUGUAUGAUGGAUGGGUUCAGCAAAACCUAAUCUUGCAGCAUAGUUCUGUUGGGUGCUUUGUUACGCAUUGUGGCUGGGCUUCGUUGUCUGAGGCGUUGGUUAACAAAUGUCGAUUGGUGCUGCUACCGCAUGGAGGUGAUCAGGUCAUACAUGCGAGGAUUAUGAGUGAAGUUUAUAGGGUUGGGAUUGAAGUACAGAAAGGAGAAGAAGAUGGGUUGUUUACGAAAAUUGGUGUAUGUGAAGCGGUGAAGAAGGUGAUGGAUGAAGAUGGUGAAGCUGGGAAAGAAGUGAAAGGUAACCAUGAAAAGAUACGGGAGUUUCUGUUGAACAAAGAUGUGCAAUCUGCUUACAUUGAUAGCUUUAGUCAAGAGCUACAAGAUCUUCUUGGACCAUAA